AUGGCUUUUCUGUUCAAAUCCAAGAAGCACCAGCAGGGAACUGCGCUGCCGCCGGCGACGCGCAAUGUGCAUACUUCAGAAGGGACCCCGGCAGGCGCCACCGCGCCGCCCUUGAUGAACGGACCGGGGGGUCGCGAGGGCAGCCACUCCCAGACCCCGACGCCCAGUAGCAGCUAUAACAACUCGCUCAAUUCCGUCGCCAGUAUGAAUAGCCCGGAUCAGCAGAGGGUGCGUCAGCGGGCAGAGUCCGAAUCACAGGUUUCACGCCCCCAGCCGGCGAUGAAUGGCGGCUCUCCCAACGGCAGUCCAGGCACCUCUCUCUACCCCUGGUCACAACGACGCCUCAAUUUCGCGACUCCACAGGCGAACCCCUUCCCCCGAUAUGGCGCGGCCAUCAACUCCAUUGCGUCAAAGGAAGGCGAUAUCUACAUGAUGGGUGGGCUGAUUGACGGGUCUACGGUCAAAGGGGACCUCUGGAUGAUUGAAAGCAGCGGCGGGAAUCUUUCUUGCUUCCCCAUCGCUACCGUCUCCGAGGGCCCGGGGCCACGAGUUGGUCAUUCUAGUUUGCUGGUCGGCAACGCUUUCAUUGUCUUCGGCGGAGAUACAAAAGUCGACGAGUCUGACAGUCUAGACGAUACUUUAUACCUUCUGAACACUUCUUCUCGGCAAUGGUCCCGCGCUAUCCCUCCCAAUCCCCGACCUGCUGGAAGAUACGGCCAUACCCUGAACAUCCUCGGCUCCAAGAUCUAUGUUUUCGGAGGGCAAGUCGAAGGCUACUUUUUCAACGACCUCGUGGCGUUUGACUUGAACCAGCUGCAGAACCCUGCCAACAGGUGGGAAUUUCUAAUUCGAAACAGUCAUGAAGGGGGACCUCCUCCAGGCCAGGUCCCGCCGGCAAGAACAAACCAUUCGAUGGUCACCUACAAUGACAAGCUUUACCUCUUCGGAGGUACAAACGGCGUUCAAUGGUUCAACGAUGUUUGGUCCUACGACGCCCGUACCAACAUGUGGACGCAACUCGACUGUGUUGGGUUUAUUCCGGCCCCUCGAGAAGGCCACGCCGCGGCCCUCGUGAAUGAUACGAUGUACGUCUUUGGUGGCCGGACGGACGAAGGCGUAGAUCUAGGCGAUCUCGCGGCGUUCCGCAUCUCCAGCCGUCGGUGGUAUUCCUUCCAAAAUAUGGGACCAGCACCCUCGCCGCGCUCCGGUCAUAGCAUGACUGCGUUUGGGAAACAGAUAAUCGUGAUGGCGGGGGAGCCCAGCUCUGCGCCUCGUGACCCGGCAGAGCUCAGCAUGGUAUACAUCCUCGACACGGCCAAGAUUCGCUACCCGUCCGAUACACCAAACGGAGAUCGAGGACCAACCCCGCGGAAGAUGAGUGGGGAGAAGCCCGGACAACCCAGCGGUCGAACAUCUCGAGAAGCCCAGAAUCCACCGCCCGACCAACAACCCCGUCGCGGACCGUCGCGGGAAAGCAUGCUUAUGGGCCCGGGUGGACGGCCAGGAGAGAUAGGCCCCAGCACCGGACCCGGCUCGCGACUCCCUCGAGCAUCCAUCGCUCAAGCCCCGGCUGGACCGCCUCCCCCGGGACAGGCCCCCACGCCCGGCCCAAGAGGGAACGUCCCAUCACCCCAAAACCCAUCCGCUGCGCGCAGCAAAACCCCCACAAAACAGGAUCGUGGAUAUAACGGUGGUCCCUUGGCCGAAACGGUGAGGGUGGUGCCCACGGAAAGAGACAACGAGUCAUCCGUCACCAGUCACUCCCCAAAAGAGUCCCGGCCCCCGCGCGAUCAGAGCCCAGCCUCUGUCGGGAGGCGGACUCCUAUUCAGCAGCAGUCGAAGAUGGCCGUCAAGGCCAUGGAAGCUGGAGAAGCGGCACCGUUGAUGAGUGCGCCGACCCGGCAACGGUCGCUGCGUCAGCAACGCCAGCGCAGCUCUAUGGAUAGCGCAGAGGAAUCCGUUCUGGGCCGACAGGCCAGCAUCGACAGCUCGGUAGAGUCUCGCAGCUUUCGAAACUCCAAGAUAUAUGCGGAGGAGCCUCGUUCACCGAGGCUGACGCCUCACCAAGAAGCACUAAUCAAAGAGCUGGAGGCGGCGAAAAGCCGGAAUGCGUGGUAUGCGUCGGAGCUGGCGCUGGCGAAAAAGGCAGGUUACACACCAAACCCCUCCGCCAACCCUGGUUUGGAUGAACGUGGGGCCGAUGCCUUUGCCGAUGAGGAUCGGCCCUUGAUCGAGGCGUUCCUAGCGAUGCGCGCGGAGCUGGCCAAGAUGCAAGCAACCGUGGAUCGGCAGGCGACCAUCGCGUCCAAAAGGGUCGCCGAGGUUGAACACCAGCGCGAUGCGGCCCUGAACGAGGCCGCCUACGCCCGAGCCAAGCUCGCUGCCCACGGGGGUAGUCAGCGUGGCACGCCGCAGCCCGAGGGGUCGUCGCGGGAUAUGGAUGAAGCAAUGUCGGAACGUGCCACGGACAUGAGUCGGCGGCUGGCACUGGCACUGGCCGCCCAGGCUGAGAUCAAGGCGAAAUUUGAGGCUGUGACAGCAGAACUGCAGCAGGAGAAGCGGACGCGCGAGCUUGCGGAGGAAACGAGCGAAGCAACUCGCAAGAGACUCGCCGAGUUGGAAAUGCAAACCAAUACCCUCGAGCUAGAAACUCUGCGAGGCGAGUUGCACCAGGUUGAGGCUUCGGCUCGGGAAGAGUCGCGGUUGCGCACCGAGGCCGAGGCUGCGCUGAAGCAGCUGACCGUGGAAAAAGAAGAGCUUCUGACCAAACUCGAAGAGUCGUCGGUCCGGCUGAAGGAUCACGGCGGCAAUCUCAGCACUCUACGCGAAGCCGUCACGGCCUCGUCGGCCAAGUCGGCACUGAUGGAGAAGUACCUCGAGGAGGAGCGGGAGCGUCGGGAGGGGCUGGAGCGGAAGCUGUUGCAAUUGCGCUCUGAGCACGAGGAAAAGACCGCUGACGUCGAGAACCUGACCCGCCGCUUGAAGGAUGCGCAGGAGCUCGCGGAGAGCCAUGCCAAGGAGGCGGAGACGCACAAGAACGCCUUCCUCUCGGGGCUCGACCGUGCCUCGGCGUUCGACCCGGAGUCGUCGUUCCGGCCUCUUGUCGACAACCGGGUGGCGGCACUGGAGGCCCAGGUCGAGAAGGCCAACGAUCUGGCCAAGUCGAACCAAGCGGCGGCGGACUCGGCCGCAACCAAGCUCCGACGUGCCGAGGAGAGAAUUGCCGGCCUAGAGGCUUACCAGGAGCAGGCGAGCCGAGAAGGCCUCCAACUACGUCGCCAGUUGCAGACCGCCUUGAAGGAGAGUCAAGCGUCGGCUGCCGAGAACCGCGAACUCAAGGCUCAAAUCGAGAUCCAGCAGCGGGAGACAAAGGCGCUGACGAUCCAGCACUCGGCCCUGAAGGAUCUGCUCGCCGAGCGUGGUAUGAGCCUGUCCGACAGUCGCCGGUCGCCUAUGCAAGACUCCCCGGGUUCCCGCUUUGGAACCCCCGAACAGGGCCGGCUGCGCGAAUUAGAACAGCAGUUGUCCACCAGCCUCAAGGCCCACGAUGAACUCAAGAUGUCAUUCGAGUCUCGCGAGCAGGAAGCCGACCGGGCGUAUCGCGAAAAGCUGGAGCAGCUCGAGAACGACUACCAAUCGGCCGUUCAUUACGUCAAGGGGACGGAGAAGAUGUUGAAGCGCAUGAAAGAUGAGCUGACACGAUACAAGACGCAAAACGCCAAGGUACAGGCUGAGUUGGAGGCGGCCCAGAAGAGCCUGGAGCUAUCUGCUGCUUCUGCUGCUUCUUCUUCAUCGUCGUCGUCUGCCGCCGACGGACUGAAGACAGAGGAGUGGCAAGCGGAGCGUGCUCAACUCCAGGAGUCGCUAGAACAGCUCGAACAGCAGAUGAGUGCCUCGAUUACCAACCUGGAAAACCAAGUGGCGGAUCUGAAGGAUGAACUGUACUCCGCUCACACGGACAAGGAGCAACUGCAAGCCGAGUAUGAGACGGACCGCCAGCAGCUGGCGUCUGCGGUGGAAAAGAGCCGUGCAGAACUGGACCAGCUCAAGCAGGAGAACUUGCUACUAGAAACCCGCGCUCUAGACGCGGAGCACAAGGUGACGAUGCUCCUGGACCAGGUGGAGGCUUCGGUGGGCAACUACCGACGCCAGUCGCAACACGGCCCGGGCUUGAACGGUAUCUCCCGCACCCACAGCAACGCCUCGAGCAAUACCAUCGGUGGCGGCGGUAGCGCAACGAUGGGAAUGAUGGGCAACGGGACCCGCGCGCGCGCGGACAGCACGGCCUCGCAGGAGCAUUCCUUCCUGGACAACCGGGGCUCUCUAGCGCUGGAUUCGCUCGCCAACGAGCUGGAGGCGCUGCGCAGCCACUGGGAGACGACAAACCGAAACUAUCGGCUCAGCAGCCAGCUGGAUCUUGACCGCACCCCAACCAAGGAGACCGCGCCGGCCGCCGUGGAGAUGGGUGGCUUGAGCAGCAGCGUGGCCGACUGGCGCCGGCGACUGGAUGAGGAGGAGUCGCGGGAGCGGACGGCCACUGCGAGCCCCAGCUCGGAGCGCAGCAAGACGAUGAGCCCAAGUCUCGGAGCUGGCACGGUCAACAUGAUCUAG